ACAAAACCAAGAUGGCGGUGCAAGAGACAGCAUCUCAACUGUCCAUGGCUCUCAAAGUCCAAGAAUAUCCCACCCUGAAGGUGCCGUACGAGACUCUGAACAAACGUUUCAGGGCGGCUCAGAAAAACAUAGACCGGGAGACGAGUCACGUGACGAUGGUGGUUGCCGAGCUGGAGAAGACGCUGAGCAGCUUCCCAGUAGUCGACUCGGUGGUGUCACUGCUGGAUGGUGUGGUGGAGAAACUCAGCGCCCUGAAGAGGAAGGUGAGGGAUUCAUAU